CAUAACUUCUGUCAUCAGUGAUGAGAAUCUUCCCAAUAAUGUGUGGAUGUCUUCCCUUAAGAGCGCUCUCAUAAUUGACAUCCAAUCGACUGAUUGGCAGAAGAAAUCUUGUUUUAUAGAUUGCACUCAAUAUUUGGCUCAAAUGAGAAGCACUUCUUCGGUUCACAUCGGAGUCUAUUCUCUGCCAAACGUAAAUACCAGAAGUCUUGAGGGAAUUAAGAGAGGCAUCAAAAACUUUCAGAUGUUUUUUGGACUCCCAGUUACGGGAGAAUUAGACGACAAGACCAAAGAGAUGAUGAGCGCCAAGAGAUGUGGUAACAAAGAUCCGGUCCAUAAAAUGAAAGUAAAGACUCGAGGAAUGGGACCCGAAGGAGGAAUGAUGGACUGCAAAGGCGAUUAUUCACUUGAGGGCAGCAAAUGGACAAACUAUAAGCUCAUGUAUAAGAUUAAAGAGUGGUCGCAGAAGAUGUCCAACGAAGAUGUGCUCAAGUCGUUUGACAUGGCGUUUAAGACC